GGAGCCGCUCGGGGCGCAGGGCCGCGCGCCGAGUCCCGCCGGCCGCAGCGCCGCGGCCCGACCCGGAGCACCCGCAAGUUCGCCGACAGUUGAGGCGAAGUUUGGGCGGCCCGGCCGACCCCGGCCGAGCUCCCUUCUGCGCCCCCGGCGUUCCUCCGAGCCCAGCCCCGCCGGGGGCGCCCCUCGCCGCCCGCGCGCCUUCCCCAGCCAUGUCGUCCAUCCUGCCCUUCACUCCCCCCAUCGUGAAGCGCCUGCUGGGCUGGAAGAAGGGCGAGCAGAACGGGCAGGAGGAGAAGUGGUGUGAGAAGGCGGUCAAGAGUUUGGUCAAGAAGCUCAAGAAGACGGGGCAGCUGGACGAGCUGGAGAAGGCCAUCACCACGCAGAACGUCAACACCAAGUGCAUCACCAUCCCCAGGUCCCUGGAUGGCCGGCUGCAGGUGUCUCAUCGGAAGGGGCUGCCUCACGUCAUCUACUGCCGCCUGUGGCGAUGGCCCGACCUGCACAGCCAUCACGAGCUGCGGGCCAUGGAGCUGUGUGAGUUCGCCUUCAACAUGAAGAAGGACGAGGUCUGCGUAAACCCCUACCACUACCAGAGGGUAGAAACCCCAGUUCUACCUCCCGUGCUGGUGCCGCGCCACACAGAGAUCCCGGCCGAGUUCCCCCCGCUGGACGACUACAGCCAUUCCAUCCCCGAAAACACUAACUUUCCCGCGGGCAUCGAGCCCCAGAGCAAUAUUCCAGAAACCCCACCCCCUGGCUACUUGAGUGAAGAUGGAGAGACCAGUGACCACCAGAUGAACCACAGCAUGGAUGCAGGUUCUCCAAACCUAUCCCCGAAUCCGAUGUCCCCAGCACACAGUACCCUGGACCUGCAGCCAGUCACCUACUGCGAGCCAGCCUUCUGGUGCUCCAUCUCCUACUACGAGCUGAACCAGCGCGUCGGGGAGACGUUCCACGCCUCGCAGCCCUCCAUGACGGUGGAUGGCUUCACCGACCCCUCCAACUCGGAGCGCUUUUGCUUGGGGCUGCUCUCCAAUGUCAACAGGAAUGCUGCCGUGGAGCUCACCAGGAGGCACAUCGGGCGAGGCGUGCGGCUCUACUACAUCGGAGGGGAGGUCUUUGCAGAGUGCCUCAGCGACAGCGCCAUCUUCGUCCAGUCCCCCAACUGCAACCAGCGCUAUGGCUGGCACCCGGCCACAGUCUGCAAGAUCCCCCCAGGAUGCAACCUAAAGAUCUUCAACAACCAGGAGUUUGCUGCCCUCCUGGCCCAAUCUGUCAACCAGGGCUUCGAGGCCGUCUACCAGCUGACGCGAAUGUGCACCAUCCGCAUGAGCUUUGUCAAAGGCUGGGGAGCAGAAUACAGGAGACAGACAGUGACCAGUACCCCCUGCUGGAUCGAGCUGCACCUGAACGGGCCUCUACAGUGGCUUGACAAGGUGCUCACCCAGAUGGGAUCCCCAAGCAUCCGCUGUUCCAGCGUGUCUUAGAGAUAGUGCGUGAGGGGGCGAGCGGGCUUGGGGAAAUGGCCUCGGAGGAUGUGAAGAAGUCAGCACUCAGCUCACUGUUCUCAAGAAGAAACUGUUCUCCACCAAAGCAGCACCAACCUGGUUU